AACUGUUCCAAACACACAACCUGACAGUAACGCAAAUUGUCAACAACCUCAACGUGGCAUAGACGUUUUGAAAAGUUUGAACAUUUACGUCAAAUUUUCUAAUAACUGACGUUAUCUAAAAUGUGAACGUGCUGACAGAUUACAAUAACAGUACAGAAAGUGAUUUAUAGUGCGUGCAAAUUUAUACUAAUUGAUUUAUCAACUCUUUGCAGUUCACUGAAUUUUACAGAAAAGUAAAAAGAAAGUGAAAUUUUGAAGAAAAAGUUGAUUCAUUUCUUAUAAGAUUUUUGCAUAAUGUCGUAUUUAUACCAGAGUGUUAAAGGAUACAUAUUCAAGACCCCUCCUCCAGAACCAGAAAAAGAAGAGAAAAAAGAAAAGGAUGAGAAUGAGACAGAUGAAGAAGUAACAGAAGAAAACACAUUAGGCCACUCUGACAAGAAAACAGAUGAGGUCAAAGAAGAAAUCCCACAGGCAAACAUUGUAUGGAGAAUGUCAUCAGGAGUUUACAAUACAGCUACCGGUGCGGUGGGAAUGGGUGUUGGUGGAGUGAAGUGGGUGGCUGGUAAAAGUUAUGACGUUGGAUCUACAGUUGUUAGCAAUGUUAAAGUACCUAAAUUAUCAAGUUUUAAAAGAAAAGACAAGAAAGAAUAGAAUUGGUUAUUUAUAGUUGUAUAUAUACACUGUUUUCCUGCCAUAUUUACAAUCAGUAUUAUAAUUAUCAAUGAGGAGUAAUAUCAUUGCAAAAAACAAUGCAAUUUCUGUUAUUUAGUAGUGUUCUUGCCAUAUUAAUUUUAUUUUUAUCCAGUAUUUUAGUUGUUUUGAAAUCCAUUUUGAAAGGAAAUAAGGUGUCUUUGUAUUACAAGUUCUUUAACAUGUAAAUGUUGUCCAGGGUCCAGAGCCUGUAAAUGAUGGAAGGACCUCUCAGAUAAGUCUGAAUGACCCUUUUGGAUAAUUUUAAUAUUAAAACAAUACAUUUUUUGUUAGAUUUACUUGUGUUUUAUUAGUUAUUGGUUAUUCUGCUUCAGCUCAUGUGGAUUUUGUCA